GAAAAACGUUCGAGACGAUAGAUCCAAGAACAAGAGAAGUGAUAGCGAGAAUUGCAGAAGGAGACAAGGAAGAUGUUGAGUUGGCGGUGAAGGCUGCACGUCAGGCUUUUGACCAUGGUCCAUGGCCUCGCUUGCCCGGCUCUGAGAGAGGAAGGAUAAUGAUGAAAUUCGCGGACCUGCUUGAAGAAAAUGCAGAAGAAUUAGCUGCCCUGGAUACCAUUGACUGUGGGAAGUUGUUCAGUGUUGGUAAAGCGAUGGACAUACCUUAUGCAGCAAACACCCUCCGUUACUAUGCUGGUGCAGCUGAUAAAGUUCAUGGAGAAGUGCUGAAGAUGUCGCGUCAACUUCAUGGAUAUACUUUGCUAGAACCUAUUGGUGUCGUGGGGCACAUUAUCCCUUGGAAUCACCCUAUCUUCAUGUUCUUCAUGAAGGUUAGUCCCACUUUAGCUGCUGGGUGCACUAUGGUCGUCAAGCCUGCUGAACAAACUCCUCUAUCGGCACUCUACUAUGCUUAUCUUGCUAGGCUGGCUGGCAUCCCUGAAGGAGUGCUCAAUGUUAUAACUGGAUUUGGACCGACUGCCGGGGCUGCAAUAAGCUCUCACAUGGACAUUGAUGCGGUCAGUUUUACUGGCUCCACAGAAAUAGGACGCAAGGUAAUGCAGGCCGCAGCAGAAAGCAAUUUAAAAGUGGUUUCUCUUGAAUUAGGAGGCAAGUCACCCCUUAUUAUUUUUGAUGAUAUUGCUGAUGUAGAUAUGGCCGCCCAGCUAGCUAUCUUUGGCAUCAUGUUCAAUAAGGGCGAAGCAUGUGUUGCCAGUUCUCGUGUUUAUGUUCAAGAAGGAAUAUAUGACGAGUUUGUGAAGAAACUAGUGGAAAAGGCAAAAGCUUGGAUAGUUGGGGAUCCUUUUGAUCCUAAAACUCAACAAGGACCCCAG